AUGCCCCGCUUGAAGCACCCAGAAGAUGCUCUAUCCUAUGGCGGUCACUCUCUUACAGCGCGAAAAAUAGUAUCGUCGAGUUGGAGAAGCAAGAGUCAUGCGAAAAUGCCUCCACGAUCCCGAGAGGAAUUCAAUAUCGCGAUAAUCUGUGCCCUCCCUCUAGAGGGUGACGCGGUGGAGGCGUUGUUCGAUGAGCGCUACGAUGAACUGGGCCACAUAUAUAGCAAGCACAUGGGAGAUGCCAACAGUUAUGUAACUGGAAGAAUCAAUAAUCACAAUGUAGUGUUGGCUUACAUGCCGGGUAUGGGAAAUCGAAGGUCCGCCGGUGUUGCUCGUGGCUUGCAUGUCAGUUUCACAGGAAUUAAGCUUACCUUACUAGUUGGAAUCUGCGGUGGAGUACCAUAUGCAUCUGACGGCAUGGAGAUCGUCUUGGGUGACAUCAUCAUUGGUGACAGCGUGAUUGAAUAUGAUUUUGGCAGACAGUACCCGCAUGGGUUCGAGCGAAAAAGUAGUAACAAGGAGGCACUUGGAUCGCCUAAUCAACAGAUCCAGUCCUUCCUAAACCGUUUACGAACUCGCCGAAUGAAAGACCAAGUACAAAGGCAAACCGCGCAAUACCUGAAGAUUCUCCAAGAAAUGGAGGGGAAUGAGUGGAAUUAUCCUGGUGUUUCACAGGAUAGGUUAUUCAGAGCCUCUUAUCGUCACAAACACUACAAACAACAAUAUACGAUUGAAUGCAUCUGCGCUGACUGCCACUCGAGCUCCGAUCCAGUCUGUGAGCAAGCAUUGAAAGGUGACUGCAAGAAAGUUGGUUGUGGAGGUGAAGUGAUCCAGAGAAGCCGACUCAAUACUGAUAGCCCAAGACCUCUCAUUCACAUAGGCACGAUUGCGUCAGCAAAUUCUGUGUUGAAGUCUGGCGAGCAUCGCGAUCAACUGGCUGAAAAGGAGGGUGUGAUUGGAUUUGAGAUGGAAGCUGCUGGAGUAUGGGAUAUCCUGCCUUGCGUUAUCAUCAAAGGCGUCUGCGAUUACGCAGACAGUCAUAAGAAUAAGGCAUGGCAGAACUAUGCUGCAGCGACUGCGGCAUCUUGUACCAAAACUUUCUUGGAAUAUUGGAUAACUGGCCUUCAGCAAGAGCGACUCCCUUUUGAGAGAGACGAAAAGUUUGUCGGCCGAGAAGAUAUUACCAUGAGUAUUGACAAGGCUGUUCAAGAUGGAAAAGGGCGGACUUCUAAGCGUGCCGCACUCGUUGGCCUAGGGGGUGUAGGAAAAUCUCAAAUAGCGAUCGAGUAUACAUAUCGCAUUCGAGAAUCUGCGCCUAGCACAUGGAUAUUCUGGGUUCACGGAAGUAAUCCGACGAGGUUUGAGCAAGGGUACCGAAAUAUUGCAUCAGUAGCAAAGGUUCCUGGAUUCGACGAUCCAGAAGCUAAUAUCCUCCAGCUGGUCACUAAAUGGCUAUGCGAUGAGACGAAUGGCAGCUGGUUGAUGGUUCUGGACAAUGCAGACGAUAAUGAUACCUUUUUUAAGACCUCUGGUGAAAAUGUGCCAUUAGUGGAUUACUUACCUUGUGUUUUGCAUGGAUCGAUUUUGAUUACAUCACGAAAUCAGAUAGUGGCACGGAAUAUAGUGGGGCCUCGUGGUCAGGUAAUACCCGUGAAACCAAUGAGCACGCAUGACGCUAUUACCUUAUUGCGAACCCGCAUCGAGGUGGACCAAUCAUGUGUAAGUGAAGCAAAACUACUCGUUGAGGCACUAGAAUGCAUUCCUUUAGCAAUUGCACAAGCUGGUGCAUAUAUCUCGAAUCGUUCACCUCGGAUGACCGUAUCUUCUUACUUGGAGCUAUUUCAACAAAGUGAGACCAACCAAGAGCACCUUCUAAAUUAUGACGAGGCUCAUGAUCUUCGACGAGAUCGAAGCGUCCGAUACCCGGUCAUCACGACAUGGCAGAUCUCAUUUGAUCAGAUCCACCACAUUUAUCCGAAAGCCACAGAUCUGCUGGCUUUGAUGAGUAUGUUUGACCGACAGGGAAUUCCGGAAGAGCUGGUUAGCGAAGGGAUGGAUCGAUUACAAUUCGAGGAUGCAAUAGCUCUAUUAAUAAGCUUUUCUCUCAUCCAAGUCGAGAUCGGCGGACGGUUGUUUGAAUUGCACCGGCUAGUGCAAUUGUCAGUUCGACAGUGGCUGAAGAAACAAGGUCGGCUUCAUCAGUUGGUCAAACAAAGUUUACGAGUGAUGAAAGCUGUAUUUCCCAGUGGAGAUUAUCAAACGUCGGCAUCUUGCCAUAUGCUCCUUCCACAUUUUAAAGAGACGAUUUAUUUCACUAAGAAAUUGGAUGACAACGAUCAAUUGAAUAUUGCAAGUAUUGCCAGUCGGUGUGGCUGGCAUCUUUACCUUAUGGGAAAGUAUGAGGAGGCGGAGGUCAUGCAUCGACGAGCAGUUACAAUGCAUGAGAAAGUGUUAGGCGCUGAACAUCCUGACACACUGGUCAGUGUCAGUCAUCUAGGCUUAGUGCUUCGAAGACAGGUGAAAUAUAAGGAAGCAGAGGCUAUGCAUCGACGAGCAGUUACAUACCAUGAGAAAAUGCUAGGCGCCGAACAUCCUAAUACACUGGCCAGUAUCAGUCAUCUAGGCUUAGUGCUUGAGAGUCAGGGGAAGUAUAAGGAAGCAGAUACUAUGCAUCAACAAGCACUUGAUGGUAGAGAGAAAGUGCUAGGUGCUGAACAUCCUGACACACUGACUAGUGUCAGUUAUCUAGGCUCGGUGCUUCAAAGUCAGGGAGAAUAUGAAAAAGCAGAGGCUAUGCAUCGACGAGCUCUCGCUGGCAGAGAGAAGGUGCUAGGCGCUGAACAUCCUGACACACUAAUCAGUAUCAGUCUUCUAGGUUCAGUGCUUCAAAGUCAAGGACAAUAUGAGGAAGCAGAAGCUAUGCAUCGACAAGCACUUGCUAGCAGAGAGAAAGUGCUAGGUGCUGAACAUCCUAGUACACUGGCCAGUAUCAGUCAUCUAGGCUUAGUGCUUCACAGUCAGGGGAAAUAUAAGGAAGCAGAUACUAUGCAUCAACAAGCACUCGCUGGUAGAGAGAAAGUGCUAGGUGCUGAACAUCCUGACACACUGGCCAGUAUCAGUCAUCUGGGCUCGGUACUUCACAGCCAGGGAGAAUAUGAGGAAGCAGAGGCCAUGCAUCGACAAGCACUUGCUAGUAGAGAGAAAGUGCUAGGCGCUGAACAUCCCGAGACACUGGCCAGUAUCAGCCAUCUAGGCUCAGUGCUUCAAAGUCAAGGACAAUAUGAGGAAGCAGAGGCUAUGCAUCGACGAGCACUCGCUAGCAGAGAGAAAGUGCUAGGCACUGAACAUCCUGACACACUGGCCAGUAUCAGUCAUCUAAGCUCGGUGCUUUCCAGGCAGGGAAAGUGUGAAGAGGCGAAAGCCAUGCAUCGACGAGCACUAGAGAGAAACCAUUGGCUGAGUGCUUGAAAGCUAAAUAUCAGGCUUGGGCACUACAGUAGGUCAAAGAGGGGAGCCGCUCAAACUAGGCUGCUUUUGUUUUCAUAUACUGUAUGCCAAUCAUAAAAACUUAUACGAAGGCAAAUAUAGCAUUCUUCCAUGGUGUGCUGGCCCAACUUAUCAAUCUGCAAGUUUACGAGGUUUCACCUUCCAUUCCGUUGUGGUUCUGUAUUGAGAACCAGAAAAAUAUCGUUUGGCCAAAUACGGAACCCCGUUAAUGGGGUGGUAAUUUAUG